AUGGCCCGGGCUCUGAAAAUGACUGUUGCCGUUAGGCUGACGAGCCGGCCCUCGCACAGCCCUGUCUCGGAUCUCGGUAACGAAAACUGAACGCGCUCCUGACGUUUCUGAGAAAUUCCAGAGACGCUCCAACACGUCCGGACAAGUUUUUUUUUACAUCAUAUUCUCGAAAUAACCACAUUUCAAACAUUUAGGGCGAAUGGACUCUGCUCUGCCAGAAUGGCGCACGGUGCGGUCUAGCCUUGAGCACUUCGGUGCGCAACUUGGGCCUGCACCGUGCAACAUCGGUGAUUUUUUGGUGCCACACGGGUGUAUAGGUGUCAAAACAGUGCUUUUUGUGUGCUGCCCCAGUACGGCAACAAAAAAUCACCGAUAUUGCACGGUGCAGGCUCAAGUUACGCACCGAAGUGCUCAAGGCUAG